AUGGAAAAUGCGAAAGAGAUGGUUGUUCUGUCAAAAAAUUUGUCCCAACGAAUUCGUACCACUAAAGCUAGCGGUAAAAAGGUAGCAGAAAACGAUAUGACAGAGCUUCGAAUGGCUAUGCUAAGCAUGGGUCUGGAGGAUGUCAAUGUGGCAGAAGAAAAGGAUACCGCUGAUAUCGCGACGCAUUCUUCAUCAUUUCAUCGGCAGCUGGCGUCCCAGAUAUGUCGCCUACUUCAACCCCUGUUAGAGCAGCGUACAGCGGGUGUUUGUGGUGGUUGUAUUGACCUCACCACGGCAUAUUGCCGCGUAAAUCGUGCUCGUGGUGUUCAGCUGAUUGCUCCUAAUGAUCUUCUUGAGGCUGCACGUCUGAUGCCUAUGUUGAAACUGCCUUUGCGGCUCAAAACAUUCCCCUCGGGUCUUAAAGGCGGCGCCUUUGCUUAUGCGCUGGAGAUGAGUCUAGCCGAGGAGCAUCGCGAGGAUCAUCACGAAAAUCACGACCAUCAUUCAUUUGAAAUCACACGCGAUGAUCUUUUCAAGCCAUAUAAGCCAUCACGUUUUGAGAAAUACUUAUUUCCCUUCAUUGCAAACAUUAUCGACAAGCCUGUGACCUUAUUUAGAGAGCAAAUUGUUGAAAGAAUUCGGCGUAAGAAGUUUUAUUAUUAUCAUCAGCGAUAUGCUCGCGUCCCUGAAAUCGAUAGUUGCAGAGUUGGUGACAGAGUCUGUAUUACUGAGGCCAAUAAUCAGUUUCAUCGCGACAGACUUGUUGAUGCAAACAUUGUGAGAAUUCUUCGCCAACGCGUUAACGAGUGCAGGAAGUGGUACGACCGUGAUUACGAAGAUAUGGAUCGUUUUUGCAAACCUUACGUAAAAGAUCACGAAGAGGCCGCUACAAACUUUUUCAUUAAGUUUGAUCUUAUCAAUCACCAUUUGCAUAUGGCAUCAUCUAGAAUCGUUAACGGAAAGCGAAUCCCUGCUUUUGUACCGGUUAUGUUUGAUUUAUCUAAAUUCAAAACGCUGUUUAUUUAA